GCAUCAUUGUUCAAAUCUUAUGUCAAAUCAAAUAUGUCAGUCUUUUGUCUUUAUCUAUGGUUCAAAUGCGUGGUUAGAGACAAGAGACAUGCACUUGUCUCUGGCGUAGUUCUUGUUUGAAUUUUCGGUUUUUCUUAUAAUUGGAAAACAAUUAUGCAUUUUCCCGAAUUUAGUCUUCUUGUUUUACUCAGGGAGCUUGCAAAUCAAGUACUCCUCAAAUAAUAAGAAUAUUUUUACACACAAAACAUUGUAGGAAAACAUGCCUGCAAAUGUGCGUCCCAAAGGCUCGAAUACGAACACGAGAGCGCCCCCCGUGACCCCGAUGUCAGAGCGUCAACAGAUGGCUUUGCUAAUGCAGAUGACCUCGUCUGGAGAAGGUUCUCGAAGUCCCAGUAACACAAGCUCGAAGACCAGAGACCGCAAUGAAAGAGGUGAAACCCCCUUGCAUUUAGCGGCUAUUAAGGGCGAUGUUGACCAAGUCUGUAGAUUGUUAGCGCAUCGCGCUGAUCCUAAUGUAGCCGAUUUUGCUGGAUGGACUCCUCUACAUGAAGCAUGCAACCAUGGUUGGCAUGAAGUAGCUGCGAGGCUGGUCCAAGCAGGUGCUAACAUUAAUGCGAAAGGUUUGGAUAACGAUACUCCCCUUCACGAUGCCGUCAUCAAUGGUCAUCUGAAAAUAAUCAAACUUUUGAUAGAAAAAGGCGCAGACAUCCACGUUAAAAACUCAAAGGGAAAGUCUCCAUUAGACUUGGCUUCACCUAGCAUUCAGCCUUAUUUGCUCAACACCGAUAUGCCUUUACCCGGUAAGUUCCAAUAAUAACAUUACUGUGUUGUAUCAGUU